AUGAACUCCGCGUCACAGGGUGAGAAGGCCCUCGCCGAGUCAAAUGCUCCCCUCGCAAUCCAACACUUCACUCGUGCCUUAAGCGAGUUACCCCGCGCCCCAGCAUACUACAUCCACCGCUCAACCGCCUAUUCUCGCCUCAAGCCUGCCGACGGUGGUCCUAAUCGAACUGCUGCACUGCGCGAUGCUGAGAUUGCUGUGUUUCUUGCCCACGAGCGGGGCAAGCGGGAGCUCAUCCUGUCUGCACAGAUGCGACGCGGCAUAAUCCUCUUCCAGCUGGAGCGGUACGGCGAUGCCCACUUCAUCUUUGAGCAGAUAGAGGCCAAGACAGGUGGCCCACCUCAGCCUGUUGAUAAGUCCCAGGGUAUCCAGAGUGCAAUGGCCGGUGGGUGGACCAAGAAGGAUGGAUACAGUGCUGAGUUGCCGAUUUGGAUGAUGAAGGUUCGCCGGAAGCUAAGUGAGCUGGAGGGUGAUGAGAAGACGGUCGUCUCCGUUCUUGAAUACCCUACCGAUAUUCAUGUUCCAACGGAGAAGGAGUUGAAGGCUGAAUGGGAAAGACUCAAGUCCGGAAAAUCAGACGUUGAGAAAUCACCGGCUGCCCAGCCUGCGUCCGGAGCUGCAUCUUCAUCGACAGAGACAAAGAUGAACACCUCUGAGCAAAAUACUGCAAGCAAUGUUGUCGCACCUGCUGCGGAGAAGGUCCGCCAUGAAUGGUACCAAUCCCAGGAUUCGGUUGUCGUAACACUAUAUGUGAAGAAUGUGCAAAAGGAUAAAGUCGAGACUGAGCUGAAGGGUGACUCGAUAUCCCUCCAAUUCCCUCUUCCGUCUGGCUCCGAAUAUGAUUUCACCCUCGAUCCCCUCUACGCAUCUAUUGAUGCAUCGGCCUCCAAGGUCACUGUCAUGGGCACAAAAAUUGAAAUUGUGCUUCAAAAGCAGACGCCAGGCCAAAAGUGGAAUGCUCUUGAAGCACCCGCCGGCGCUACAAAGCUCACAGAUCGGCCGUCUGCACCAGCUGCAUCGGUGCCGGUUUCUUCUGGGCCCGCCUACCCGACCUCAUCUCGCCAUGGCGCAAAGGAUUGGGACAAGGUCGCGUCUUCGCUGACAGCCAAGAAUUCCAAGGAGAAUAAGUCCAAAGACGCAAAAGACACUGCUGACGGGGACGAUUCCGAUGCUGAAUCUGUAAACUCGGACUUUGGUGGUGAUGCCGUGGAUGGAUUCUUCAAGAAGCUCUAUGCUGGUGCCGAUGCGGACACUCGUCGUGCUAUGAUGAAGAGCUACGUCGAGAGCAACGGUACAUCGCUGAGCACCAACUGGAGCGAGGUUGGAACCAAGAAGAUGGAACCUCAUCCUCCAUCUUGA